AUGAGAAUAAGUCCCAAAGUAUGCAGAAGGGAAUCGGAUGAGUACAAAAUUCCACCUGUGAAUGUCCUCGAUGCUGCGCCAAGCAAACCACGGGCCCCCCGAGACCCAACGGGGAUCCCAACUGCACAAGACAACACUUGUCCCGGCCACUCUCGCCUCAACCAUCCUACUCCAGCGAUACCACUUUCCUUGGAACACUAG